AUGCCAGACACUCUCCCACCUUCGCAGGCUCUUUAUAUCGGUAUGGAGAUGGUAAUUGCCCUGUCCUCUGUCAUCGGGAAUGUGAUGGUUGUCUGGGCUGUAAGAAUGAAUCGCUCUUUACGGGACACCACCUUCUACUUCAUCGUCAGUUUGGCUCUGGCUGAUAUUGCAGUCGGGGCUCUGGUCAUCCCUCUGGCCAUUACAAUUAGCAUUGGACUAAAGACGCAUUUUUACAGUUGCUUGCUUGUCGCCUGCACAGUACUCGUACUAACUCAAAGUUCAAUCCUAGCGCUCCUUGCCAUCGCUAUUGACCGCUAUCUAAGGGUCAAGAUACCAAUGAGCUAUAAGAGGGUGGUGACACCUCGACGUGCAGGGACAUCAGUGCUAAUAUGCUGGAUGGUGGCCAUCAUGGUGGGCCUGAUACCCAUGCUAGGUUGGAACAACCUAGAGAGACUGCAGGAAAGGAACGGCUCACUGGAUGCCAAUCUGCUGGUCACCUGCCAGUUUGAAAAUGUCAUUAGCAUGGAGUACAUGGUGUACUUCAACUUCUUCGGUUGGGUGCUGCCCCCACUGCUCCUUAUGUUGGUCAUUUAUGCUGAGAUCUUCUACAUGAUCCACAAACAGCUCAACAAGAAAGUUACAGCCAGUCACACAGACCCCAGCCGCUACUAUGGCAAGGAGCUCAAACUGGCCAAGUCGCUUGCACUAGUCCUCUUUCUCUUUGCUAUCAGCUGGCUACCCCUGCACAUACUGAACUGCAUUACACUCUUCUGUCCUAAUUGUCAGAAGCCCAUGUACCUCAUCUAUAUAGCCAUCCUGCUUACACAUGGCAACUCUGCUGUCAACCCCAUAGUAUACGCUUUCCGCAUCAAGAAAUUUCGAACUGCUUUUGUGAAGAUUUGGGAACAGUAUGUGUGCUGCAGAGAGCUGCCUCAGUUGGCUGAUCGUCCCAGCCGGCGAAGGGAAAGCCAAGAACAGAGGCUCAGACAGACUGAUGUCCUUUAA